CAAGUGUUGAGCAACAGUACGAAUCAAACGUUCAGAUAAAUUGUAAUUUAUUGUUUCGAAAUGUGAACCAUGUUUAUUACUGUGAGGUAAAAACAUAUGAAUGUUACGCAAAUAAUCAUUCACAUAUGAAUACAAAGGAUAGGUCACAAAUUGUUUUGAAAGGGAGAUAAUAGGAAAUAAUUAUUAUUAUUGCAAAAUCAACGACCAUUGGCGUUGCAUAUUUAUAUCAGAUGUAUGCGUCAGUGAAAUAUUAUCGUUUGUUUUAAUGAAUUGUGAAUUUUUAACCAUAUGAUUACGUACUUGUUUACUACUUUGUUUUAUAUCAUGUUUAAUUCAAAAAUCUAGCUAAGACAUCAUUUCGUUAUUUCUACACUAUCUACAAUAUGAUAUUUUUCACUUUCAAAGUGAACCGAUCGCCAAAGAACAGUUAUGAAGUUCUUUCAAAUGACGAUAUUUUGUUUCUAUCUUAACUAAGAAUUAUACUGUCACUGCAAAACAAAAUGAUGGCAAGAUUAGAGAAACAAAAUAUGCCCUUAUAAUCUCAGAUGACACAUAUUAGAGAUUUUUCAUAAAACUUUUACAAGUAUGUUUAAUCUCAACAUUAUCAAUUAUGCGAGCCGAUUCUGGUCUUGCACAACUGCGUCCCUUCGACGAGGCAUGUGUCAAAAUAGUCGUUUCCCAAGCCACAGAUUUCUUUCCAGUUCAAGACAGAAGACAGAGAAGCAACUAUCCGAGACAGAAAACGUUAUUAACGCCGAAGUUGCCGCUGUGAAAGAAUGCAAAGCACCUACAAAAGAAAAAAAGGUGGUGGAAAAGCCGAGGUUGCAGACUGUUCGAAUAUAUCGUUGGAACCCCGAAAAACCAGAUGUAAAACCAUACAUGCAACAAUUCAGCAUUGAUUUAAAUAAAUGCGGCACAAUGAUAUUGGAUGUGCUCACAUUAAUAAAAGCAGAACAUGAUCCCACAUUGUCUUAUCGAAGAUCCUGUCGCGAGGGAAUUUGCGGGACUUGCGCGAUGAAUAUAAAUGGUGUCAAUACCUUGGCUUGCGUCACAAAAGUGAAGGAAUCGCCGAAACCUAUAAUUAUAUAUCCUUUGCCGCAUUCAUACGUAAUUAGAGACUUGAUAACGGAUAUGGAACAAUUCUUGAAACAAUACCAGACUAUUGAACCAUUUUUAAAACGACCUGGAGAAGAAAAUUUUAUUGGUUUACGACAAAUUCUACAAAGUCCAAAAGAUAGAGAUAAACUCAAUGGUUUAUAUGAAUGUGUUCUUUGUGGAUGCUGCACUUAUUCCUGUCCACCGUAUUGGUGGCUCGGUGAUAAAUUUUUAGGUCCUGCAACGCUUCUGCAGGCUUAUAGGUGGAUAAUAGAUUCACGUGACAUGGGACAUAAAGAAAGGCUUAGUAAAUUGCGCGACUUUUAUUCCGUAUAUCGAUGUCAUACUAUUUUCAAUUGCACAAAAACUUGCCCGAAGGGUUUGAAUCCUGGAAAAGCGAUAGCACAAAUAAAAAGAUUGAUAGCGGGACUAACUAAAAAGGAACGGCCUCAGAUGGAAACUCCACUUCCAAAUCCAUGUAAUGGAGAAGAACAGUAUCCAUGCAGAAAGAAAUAGACAGAAGAACGAAAGAACGAUUAAUAAUAAAAUAUUCUUGAUACGAUUUGUAAUUGUAUAUAAACCAGAUUUUCUUAUUACAUACAAAGUUUUAUUUCUAUUAAAGAAAAAUUAUAAAGAUAAGAUUUCGCGAUAUUUAGUCAUUUUUUUUGUUUUAAGCAAAAAUUUUAGUGAAGAGAGAGCAAAUGACGUGUUUAUAAACUUUUAAUAAUUACGAGU